AUGAAUAGCCAGAAUCUACACGGCCACGGCGGUGGCGCGCCGUACGACAGAGAGCGCGAUAUGGAUGAACGACAUCGCGCCAUCCAACAGCACGAAGAAAUGGCUCGCCGCGACCAAGAACGAGAUAGAGAGCGCGAGCGAGAACGAGAUAGCGAACGUUACCCGCCGGCACCGCACCAGAGCAGCGCCGGCUCAAUCCCCAUCCACCAGCCGGUGGCCUCGCGGAUCUCCGGUGCCAUACACAGUCCCGGAGGACUGCUCGCAAACCAUAAUGGCAACGCGCCGCCCAUCCCUCUCGGCGCUCCGUCGGGACCGCUGGGUAACUUUGCCGGGCCUUUGCAGGGCGAGCAUGGACGGCCGAUCCAGCACGGCGGACCGGGUGGUGCCAAUGGGCAACACCAAAUGUUCGCAUCGAUGUCUCAUACACAACCACCUCCCAACGGCUCCCAGGCGGCGCCGGGCGGUGGUAUUUUCGGUGGGCCUUUGCAGCCGCAACACCAACAAGAGGGAGGACGGGGAGGCCAACAGAAUGCGUCCAUGGUCGGCGUAGCUCCUGGCGGACACCAGAUUCCUGGUGGAAUCACACAGGGCCAGCAGCCUAUUUUGAAUGAUGCUCUUACCUAUCUCGACCAAGUCAAGGUGCAGUUUCACGACCAACCUGACGUUUACAACAGAUUUCUCGACAUUAUGAAAGAUUUCAAAAGCCAGGCGAUUGAUACCCCCGGCGUCAUUAACCGUGUUUCUGAGCUGUUCGCUGGGCAUCCAAAUCUGAUACAGGGUUUCAAUACCUUCUUGCCCCCUGGGUAUAGGAUUGAAUGCGGAGCCGGUAAUGACCCGAAUACUAUCCGAGUCACCACCCCCAUGGGAACCACAGUCCAGUCCAUCGCUGGACGUGGACCACAACCUGAAGGACAUGGACUUGCUGUUGGCGGUCAGCCUUUAUUCCCUGAACGUGGAAACCAAUGGCAACAAAGACCUCAGCACAGUAUUGAGAGCCCAGAAGCUGCCUUCAGUACUCCAGUUCAGAAUGGCGCAAAUUUGUUCGUUCAAGCAGCCACCCAGGGUGGCGCCUUCGAUGGUCCAGGAAGUCAUCAGCAACGCAAUCCCUCUCAAAUGCAGGGAAAUGCUGGCCCGCCCGGUGGACCGAAUGCAAGGAAUGCCCACACUCCAAUGCCUACUUCCGGCCCAGGUGCAGCUAAUGGCGGUGCGGCCAAUCCAGCUAAUAUGGAACGUCGUGGCCCUGUUGAGUUUAACCACGCAAUUAGUUAUGUGAAUAAGAUCAAGAAUCGUUUCCAGGAUAAGCCUGAGAUCUAUAAACAGUUCCUCGAAAUCCUACAGACUUAUCAAAGAGAACAAAAACCGAUACAGGACGUCUAUGCUCAAGUGACUACCCUCUUCAAUUCUGCACCUGAUCUCUUAGAGGACUUUAAGCAGUUCUUGCCAGAGUCUGCGGGCCAAGCCAGAGCACCGCCAGGCCGCCCAGAAGAUGGCGCCGCCGCCGGAUCUGCACAUACCCCUCAGCCUGGAAUGAGAGAUGGACAGAAGAUGCCUCCUCUGGGGAGUUUUGCGCCACCAGUCAGCGCAGGCAAAGAUACCAAGAAAAGGCCACGCACUGACAAGCAGACCCCUACUCCUGGUGCCCUUCUUCCGGAACCUCCCGUUGCGACCCGAAUUCCUCCCCAGAAUCUGAACGGUAGCAAGCGACCGAAGCUCAGCCAUGCAAGAGGUAGCGGAGACGCUGGUUCUAUCGAACCCACCCUUACGCCUGUCAUGCCCGAGCCCUACCCUCCUCGCUCUCCCGCUACAUCAAAUCAGGAGGAAAUUGCCUUCUUUGAGAGGGUCAAGAAGUUCCUCAGCAAUCGGUCUGCGAUGAACGAAUUUCUCAAACUCUGCAAUCUUUUUAGCCAGAACAUCAUUGACAAGAAUACUUUAUUUCACAAAGGUGCUCUUUUCAUAGGCGCAAGCCCCGAGCUGAUGACUUUUUGGAAAGCCUUUGUUGGCGUCGACUCCCAAGAUGUGGUCAUCGACAAUAGGCCAGCACCGCCACUUGAGAAGGUCUCGUUGAGCAACUGCCGCGGCUACGGCCCAAGCUACAGGCUCCUACCAAAGAGGGAACGACUCAAGCCUUGCAGUGGCCGUGAUGAGCUCUGCAACUCAGUUCUAAACGACGAGUGGGCUUCGCACCCAACUUGGGCCAGUGAGGAUUCCGGAUUUGUCGCUCAUCGUAAAAAUCAGUUUGAAGAGGGCCUUCACCGUAUCGAAGAGGAGCGCCAUGAUUACGAUUUUAACAUUGAAGCUAAUCUGAAGUGCAUACAACUCCUUGAGCCUAUUGCUCAGCAGAUGCUUGCAAUGUCGCCGUCCGAAAGAGAGGCAUUCCACAUGCCAUCUGCUCUCGCCGGUCAAAGCACUUCCAUAUUCAAGCGCAUAUGCAAGAAGAUCUAUGGCGAACGCGGCAUUGACGUUGUCAAUGACAUGUACACGCAUCCUUUUGAUGUGAUCCCCGUACUUCUGGCUCGCAUGAAACAAAAGGAUGAAGAGUGGCGGUUCUCUCAGCGAGAAUGGGAAAAAGUGUGGCACGCUCAAACGCAUAACAUGCACCUCAAGAGCUUGGAUCACAUGGGCAUUCUCGUCAAGUCAACGGACAAGAGAAAUCUGACGGCCAAGCAUCUGGUGGAUGUCAUCAAGACUAAGCACGAGGAGCAACGUCGCGAACGCAUCCUCAAGGGGAAGGCGCCUCGCCACCAAUUUGUUUGGGAUUUCAAGGAUAAGGACGUUGUUCUCGACCUUUUGCGUCUGAUGAUGCUCUACAGCAUGCAUAAUGGUCAACACAGCGGCCAAGAGAAAGAGCGUAUCUUGGACUUUUUCGAGACGUUCAUCCCGGCCUUUUUCGAUCUCUCGGAGGAUAUCGUCCAGGAGAGAGUCCCAAAGAUGCAACCUGAAUCUGGUGAAGAGGAGAUUGAAGACCAGACGCCGGCUGAGUUGACCAACGGCCGUAGUCGCCGCAAUGGAAAGAAGGGCGAUCUCCUUAGAGGGGUCCUCGACCCUGGUCGAAACGGCAGCAAACCACGAAAUCAGAAAGAGGACAGCGCAGCCUCUGGCAGCAAAGAGACCACUCCUGAAGUUGGAUCUGCCAAUGAAGAAGAGAUGGCUGAUGCUAAUGACGAUGCCGCUGUCCCUGAGGUGUCGAAUGAGCGAUGGAUGCCUACCAUUCCUAAGCCAGUGGUCGUUGGUGAUAGCGAUAAUGCUCUCCUUGAUGCUGAUGGAGAGCUCAAAGCGGACGGCUUCUUCACUCGCCCGUGGUACAACUUUUUCUGCAACCAGACCAUGUUUGUUUUCUUUAGCAUUUUCCAAACGGUAUAUUCUCGACUCCUGGAUAUCAAAGACAGCAAAGAUGCCGUUGCUGUUGAGAUUCAGCGACUCAACAAGCCUAAGCCUGCUAGAGAUCUUGGCUUUACAGAGAACCACAUGACAUUCUUUGACCCCAACGACGAGCCCUCAAAAUUUUGGCCCAAGACUCUGGAGCUUAUCGAGGAUUAUAUUACUGGAGAAAUUGAUGAAAAUCGAUACCAGGAUGUCAUGCGACACUAUUAUCUAAAAAACGGCUGGAAGCUGUACACUAUUCAAGACCUGCUCAAGACUCUUUGCCGCCUGGCUCUGACCUGCAAGAGCCUGGAUGCUAAAGAGAAGACGCCAGAUCUUAUUCAGCAGUAUCUGCUUAGCCGAGAAAAAGAAGAGACGAGCUAUCAGACUGAAAUCAGCGCCAGAAAAUUUGCAGAGAAGUGUGUUAAGGAUGGUGAUCUGUUUGUCGUCUGCUGGUUCCCUCAGAAAUCCGAAGCUACUGUCCGAUGGCUCCAGCGAGAUGAGACUACUUUCUACAUGGAUGAAAUGCAACUCCGUGAGAGGUGGCAGUAUUAUAUCUCCUCCUUCAUUCGUGUAGAACCUACCGAGGGUGUUGCUCGAUCGAAAAUGAAGAAGGUGGUUCUCACUCGCAACCUGCCAUCUGGGGAGUCUGAAAACGACGAGGAUGCCAUUCCUAAGCCGGUAUCAUACAAAGAGAGCCUUACAGUCAGUAUCUGUCUUAAGAGCUCCAAAAUGAUUUGGGCUCCCGGCACUUCUGAGUACUUCGUUUACGACCAGGCUCCAAAGUCCAAAGAGCAACGCGAGCAUCGCGAAAAGCUCACCAAGGCGAUGAGCAACUUCCGUGAACUGAAGCUCCUCGAGAAGAUGGUGCACAAUCCAGUCUGGGCCAAAGAUAUGAGCCCUGAGGAAGUUCAAGAGCUCAAUGGAAAUUUCCGCAGGUGGAUGGAUGAGGGAAUUGCUCCAGCUGGUUCUAAUGAGGACGUGGAGAUGGAUUAG